AAGAACAACAAUUAGCUCUCCGAAGGUCGAUCUCCAAUGGCGGAUGAUUUGAUGUUUAGUGCACAAGAGCUGAAAAUCGAUGAAGGGCUUGGUUACCCAAAAGCUUAUGCGAAGCUUUGUCGAGAUCGAGGUUUUGGUCCAUACUCCCAUGGUCCUCCUUUCACUUUCACCCCAUACGCUCUUCAACCCUACCAGGAUUCAAGAGCCAAGGAGCUGGACUGGAUGUUCCCAAUUGUAGAUCCGAAAGCUAAACCCUCUGCUAGACCCAAGAUUUUUGUAAGCAUACUGUGGAAGCAACUCAACCAUCUCGGGAAUGCUGGCUUUGAUCCUGAGACAUUUAGGAUAGACCCAUAUGGAAAUGUUCUGUAUAUCCAUGCCGAUUCUGCUUCUCCUCUUGCUUGGGAUAUUGAUCAUUGGUUCCCUUGCUCAAGGGGAGGAUUGACUGUUUCAAGCAAUUUAAGGUUAUUGCAAUGGCAAGUAUGCAAAAAGAAGCAUAACAAGCUCGAGUUUUUGGUUCCAUGGUGGGAUCUUCAAGUGGGUAUCUCAGUUAACCAGUUUCUCGCUAUAUUUGCUUCUUCAAACUCGGAUUUCAGGCAUAGGGGAUUUUAUCUGCUGUUCAGCAAUGGUGAGAAUGAAGAACUCAAUGCUUCACAAACCGUUGAAUCCCAUUGUUUUCCACAACCUUUUAAUGAAUCGUGGAAGAAAUCGGGCCUUGCUCCAGCUGCUGUCGUUGUGUCUAGAAAGGAAUCUAACGACGCUUUAUUAGCACUACAGUCCAUUGAUAUCAACAGAAGGACAGCUGCAAGAAAAUUAAGGCCGAUUAUGUCAAAAGAAAAUGAAGUUCCGGAAAUGGUUACCAACCCAUACCAGGCGAUGGUUGUGGCUCGGGAUUCACUGAGGCAGCAGGAAGAAACUGUAAAGAAACAGGCAGAGAUCGAGAAAUUGGAUGAAGAAGUGGUACAAUUGAAGCAAAAGAACGAAGAAGAGAGAACUUCCAUUCAAGAUCUAGAGUUGUUGUUGAUUAAGAAACGAAGGCGUGCAGAAAAAUGUCGGCGGUUAGCAGAAGCACAAUCCUCAUAUAAGGGAAUGCUAGAGAAGAUGAUAAGAGACGCUAUGCACCAGAGUGUGAUUUAUAAAGAACAAGUGAGGUUGAAUCAAGCAGCAAGUAAUGCACUCAUGGCUAGGCUGGAAUCUCAGAAGGCAAUGUGUGAUUCAUCAGAACGAGAGCUCCACAAGAAAUUUCGGCAUAGAGAUGAACUCGAGAAACAAAUCAGACCCGAAUGGGAACAGAUUAGGAAGAGAUCAAGAACGGAUGAUGAUGCCUUGUCUUUACUGCAAGAAAAAGACGAGAAUACCCUUUUAUGCUUGCCCGAAGUCGGUUCUGCACACAAACAAUUGAGGGUAUUCUUGGAAGAAGAACACAAGGCAUCUGAAGCCGAGCAAGAAGAUGGAAAUGAGAUAGAAAUAGAGAAAAAGAAUGAAUCGUGUGAGGGAGAGAAUGGUAAAAAGCCGCAAAAAUUGCAAAUAGAGGAGAAAGGGAUCAUGUAUGACAUCCGUUUUCCGGUUGAUGAUGCUGAAUUAGUAGGAAAAGAAGAGGAUGAAGAGAGCAGAAAGCAACGCGGAAAGGGGAACGUGGAGAAAUGGCUUCAAUUGCUCUUGGACGAGGGUACUACCGAUCAAAACACCGAAAUUCGUGGUCUAGAUGCUAGCAAAACCGAAGAAAUCAUCAGAAAGAUGAAUGCAAAGUAUCCCCAGAAAGAAAUCUUGAACGAAGAAGAGACCCCAGAAGUAGAACUAGAAGAAGCCACAAAAGAGAUGAAAAAAGAAAUCUUGCAGAAGGAAGAGACCCAUGAAGUAGAACUCGAAGAAACCACGAAAAAGAUCUUGAAGAACCCUCCUUACAAGAUAAUAUCCGUGAAAACCCGCGAAUUGGAGUGCGAGAAAGGAGUUGGUGGAAGCAGGAGGAAGAGUUUUGAAGUGAAGGAAAAAAGUGAGAAGAUCGGGAAAUUUAAGGAUAUCGCAAGGAGCGAGAGUGCAAGAAUGCUGAGACGAAUCCCGUCUUCACCAUCGAUAAUUCUGGGCAUGAAAAAGGGCGUGGAUUGCAUACGAAGAAAACCCGCAGUAAAAGGUGAUGAUGAAGAUUAUGCUGCUAAUAGCAGCUUCAUUAAGUCAUCUUAUAAGGUGAUCAAGAAAGCAGUAAAGAUUUAGUUUUUCCCUUUUUGCAACUAAUUGUUGCAAGUGAAGUUGGUAUUCUUUUAAGAUCAAUAAGUGUGUGAAAAGUGUGUGUGUGUGUGUGUGUGUGUGUGUGUGUGUUUGAUAUGUUGUGUUGGAUCUGCCAAAUGAUGUAAUAACUGGGUUCUUGUUUGGAGUUGUGCUUCUUUUUG